CGCGUGGGGGCAGGAGGAGGCCGAGCUCGAGCGCGCGGGCCGUGGUGACAGCCAGGGGCUGCAGUCCGUGGUCCCCAGCACCUUCACAGCGGACUGUCACAUAAUCGGGGCUCAGUAAGUGUUGCAUGGAUAGUGGAAGCUGGGCUGGGGCUCCCAGACAGGGCAACAAAAGCAACUUUCCUCCAAGCCACUGCCACCUGUUGGGUUUUCACACAUUGGGGGUGCAGAGUUGCAUUGAGUGGUGUGUUCAGGUGUCUGGGAGCCCUGAGAAGUCGUGGCCCUGGCUGUCGGAGCCCGUUGCUGCCUUUUUAUAGGGCGGGAUCAGGAAGAGCAGACCCCCCUUCUUGGGAAGGAUUUGAGCCCAGAGAAUCAAAGACUAAUAUGGGCUGGAGGGCACUGAAGCCACGCAGUCUAGCCUGUGCCCCUUCCACCCAGCGCCCAGGACCUGAAUGCUAUGUCCCCACCAACAUGCCCACAGCAAGAGGCAUUUAGCAUAGGCUGAGAAGCUGAACCUGCACGGAGGGCUGGCAGAAAUGGGCUCCCGGCUGAGUCCUGGGCAGUCUGCGGCAGCGAGGAGGAGACACCUGGGCAUCUGGAGCGGGGCUGGGACGAAGCAGUUCUGGAGCGAGUGACCGGGCUGGAGCCCUACCCACCUGGCCCACCAUGGUCCAGAGGCUGUGGGUGAGCCGCCUGCUGCGGCAUCGGAAGGCCCAGCUCCUGCUGGUCAACCUGCUGACCUUCGGCCUGGAGGUGUGUCUGGCUGCAGGAAUCACCUACGUGCCACCCCUGCUUUUGGAAGUGGGGGUAGAAGAGAAGUUCAUGACCAUGGUGCUGGGCAUCGGUCCAGUGCUGGGCCUGGUCUCGGUCCCACUCCUAGGCUCAGCCAGUGACCACUGGCGUGGGCGCUAUGGCCGCCGGAGGCCCUUCAUCUGGGCCCUGUCCCUGGGCGUGCUGCUGAGCCUCUUUCUCAUCCCGAGGGCCAGCUGGCUGGCGGGGCUGCUGUGCCCGGACCCCAGGCCCCUGGAGUUGGCACUGCUGAUCCUGGGCGUGGGGCUGCUGGACUUCUGCGGCCAGGUGUGCUUCACCCCGCUGGAGGCCCUGCUCUCCGACCUCUUCCGGGACCCAGACCACUGCCGCCAGGCCUUCUCCGUCUACGCGUUCAUGAUCAGCCUUGGGGGCUGCCUGGGCUACCUCCUGCCUGCCAUUGACUGGGAUGCCAGCGCCCUGGCCCCUUACCUGGGCACCCAGGAAGAGUGCCUCUUCGGCCUGCUCACUCUCAUCUUCCUCACUUGCAUGGCAGCCACGCUGCUUGUAGCCGAGGAGGCCGCACUGGGCCCAGCUGAGCCCGUGGAAGGCUCGUCGGUCCUCUCCAGGGCAGCCCACUGCUGCCCGUGUCCCGCCCGCCUGGCCGUCCGGAACCUGGGCGCCCUGUUUCCCCGGCUGCACCAGCUCUGCUGCCGCGUGCCGCGCACCCUGCGCCGACUCUUCGUGGCUGAGCUGUGCAGCUGGAUGGCAUUCAUGACCUUCACGCUGUUUUACACGGACUUCGUGGGUGAGGGGCUGUACCAGGGUGUGCCCAGGGCCGAGCCAGGCACCGAGGCCCGGAGACACUAUGAUGAAGGAGUCCGGAUGGGCAGCCUGGGGCUGUUCCUGCAGUGUGCCAUCUCCCUGCUCUUCUCUUUGGUCAUGGACCGGCUGGUGCAGCGAUUCGGCACCCGGGCCGUCUAUCUGGCCAGUGUGGUGGCUUUCCCUGUGGCUGCUGGCGCCACGUGCCUGUCCCGCAGUGUGGCUGUUGUGACCGCCUCAGCGGCGCUCACCGGGUUCACCUUCUCCACCCUGCAGAUUCUGCCCUACACCCUUGCCUCCCUCUACCACCGGGAGAAGCAGGUGUUCCUGCCCAAGUACCGAGGAGAUGCUGGAGGGGGUGCCAGUGAGGACAGCCUGAUGACCAGCUUCCCACUGGGCCCGAAGGCCGGGUCCCCCUUUCCCAAUGGACACGUGGGUGCUGGAGGCAGCGGCCUGCUCCCAUCCGCGCCUGCGCUCUGCGGGGCCUCUGCCUGUGACGUCUCCAUGCGCGUGGUGGUGGGCGAGCCGCCCGAGGCCCGGGUCGUUUCAGGCAGGGGCAUCUGCCUGGACCUUGCCAUCCUGGACAGUGCCUUCCUGCUGUCCCAGGUGGCCCCGUCCCUGUUUAUGGGCUCUAUUGUCCAGCUCAGCCAGUCUGUCACUGCCUACAUGGUAUCAGCCGCAGGCCUGGGUCUGGUUGCCAUUUACUUUGCUACACGGGUAGUAUUUGACAAGAAUGACUUGGCCAAAUACUCAGUGUAGAGUACUUACUACCCACUGAAGGAGGGCUUGCCUCACUGGGUCCCAGCUCCCCUUCUUCCAGGCGCUAUAGGGCUGUGGGGCUGGCCUCCCAGUUUCUAUUGCUGCCAAAAUGGGGUGGCUCUCUGCUGCCACCCCACGGCGGUAAGGUGCAUAGCUGCACAGACAGGGCGCUGGGGCUUCCCUCCCACCGCUCCCAUCUUCAGGGCUGUGGCUGACUGCAGAUGGGCCUAAGGCAGGACUUACAGAGGGAGAGAAGAAGGUCAGGGUAUUUGAUUAGCACCGUGCACUGGAAUGCAGGACUCUAGCAGGAUUACCCAGGCUCAGGGUUAAUAGCUAGUGUCCUGAUCAAGAUAUACCAAGAGAAGGUAUUUGGGAGCUAUGUGAACUCAGCCACCAGGUCUCCCAUCUCCAAGCCCCCAUAUCCUGUAGGUUCUCCCAGUGUUGCUCUAGUGUGAAACUCUCCCCCACAGGGUUUGAAAGUAUAAAAGUUACUUGGGGGGCAGAUUUCUGAGGGGAGAGGGGACACGGCCUGGCCCACAGCACUGCCUUUCCACUGGUUCCCCCAGCCCUGUGUCUUAUCAGGACAUGGCUUGUUGGUCCCUGUGUCUCCAUCAUAGGGACACAGGCCUUUAAAUAUUUAACUUAUUUAUUUAACUAAAUAGAGGGGAAUCGAUUCCCAGCUCUGCCAUGUCGGUGUCUAGGAAGUGACAUCCUGACGACUGGGUCUUUGAGAUGACUGGCUGUUGGGCUAAGCGUUGCCAGAAUGCCAGAAUCUUCAUUUCUUGGAGUGAUUGGCCUGGCCCUAAAACUGCCUCGAGCUUUGAAACUCUGCUAACCCCAACUGAGAUCCCAACUCCUCUGCCCCAGGGCUGGGUAAAGGCCGAGGGUGGGGUUCAGGUCUCAGCAGCCUCCCUUGCCUCCCCUCCUCUCUUGGCCCAGCCUGCCCCACCCCGCUCCCCUCUGCUUCCUCUGGGACUGGGCUGAUGAAGGAGCUGCCCGCCCCCACCUUUCUCUAUUGGCUUCACAGCCUCUCUUUGGGGCUGUUUCUGGACCAGAAGCACCCAACGUGGUUCCUUGAACCUUUAUCCCUCUCAGCCCCCAGGGCAUAUCUGUGCUUGGGGACUCUGGCACAGAAUCUCAGGAGCACCUCCUGCCUAGGCUAAGGAGGGCAUAUCUCUGGGGGGUUUUAAGUGCCGUUUGCAAUAACGUCAUGUCUUAUUUAUG